AUGUCUGAGAGCACAGCCAAGACCAAGACGUCUGUGGAUAAUGUUGUAGAGCAGGAGGUGGAUAGGAAGGGCAGCAAGGAUCACGUUGCUGCUCCGCCUACUAAGGAGAAACGGAAACGUAGAUCUCGAUGGGGCGCGGCACCAGCUGGGGAUGGGGAUCAUGAUUCUGCUAGCGAUGAGGGUGGUAUCACCAAGAAGGCUCCACGCAAAUCACGAUUCGAUACAGCCCCCUCGGCUAUGGUUGUUGGACCAGGGGGUACGGCUCCUGCCAUUAGACUAGAUGCUGCCCAGAUUGCCGCAGCAGCUGCUGCUGCUAGACUGGCUAAGGAACGAGCACAGGCUGUGGCACAGCAACAGAAGUCUGCACUACAGCUACAGAGUGAGCAGUUGAAUGCUCUGAGGCACGGUCGUAUCGCUGCAGAGGCAGCAGCUAGAGCAGUAGCACAGGCUGAGGCUAUGCAGAUGAAGGGUUUCAGUAGCGGACCUGUUGGUGGUGUGGUAUCGGCUCCAGUUGCUUUGAGGUUGGACCAAUAUGGUAGAGAGAUCGAUGCAGAUGGCAAAUUGGUACCUAUGUCCCAGCUACGGCCCCCAGUGGCGAUAUCAACGCUGAAGAUCAAUCAGAAUCGUGCAGCCUUGGACAUGAUGCGUAGGAGUAAGUCCAAGACUGAGGAUACAGUGGCCAGUGGGAUGAAGCUGGGCAAGACACGUUCUGGGGCCACUCGUGAUCGUUUUUUUGAUCCAACAGUGCAUGUUGCUGGUGCAGUGAGGAAACCUAGGAUGGGGUUUAACUUUAACGAGAGUGGUACUUGGACAAAAAAGGAAAUAGAGAUGCAAAAGCAGGAGGGUGUAGAGUCACCACCUGCUGCUGUAGUUGAGAAGGAAGAGAAGGUGAAAGCAGAUGGAGUCCCAACAGCUGCUACACCAGCGAUCUCCUUGGGUGUCACAGUUAGGAUUCAUCCCAGAGAGGCCCCGCCGACAGUGGAGUGGUGGGAUCAGAUAGUAAUCGAUGCUGGCGGCCCUAGUAAGGUCAUAUCAUCUUAUAUUGAGCAUCCUCCUCCGGCCCGUUCUGCGGCUCAGCCACACAAGCAGGAGGGUAUGGCUUCAUUAACACCGGCUGAACGUAAGAAGUUGAGGAGAUUAAGGAGGAAGGAGAAGGCUACUAAUAUGCAGGAUAAGAUUAGGAUGGGUCUCAUACCGCCACCACCACCGAAGGUCCGCAUGAAGAACCUCAUGAUGGUAUUGGGUGAUGAGGCUGUCCAGGAUCCAACUGCUGUGGAGAAACGUGUUAGGGCUGAGGUUACUGCUAGACGGGAGGCACAUGAGAAGAGGAAUGAGGAACGUAAACUACCACCUGAAGAGAAGAAGCUGAAGAAGGCAGGGAAGUGGAUUAACGCUCCUGAAACUGAAACACAAGUACAUGUAUCAGUGUAUAAAGUGAAGGAUCUGUCAUCUAAACGACAUCAGUUUAAAGUAGCAUCUCAUAGCAGUACCACACAGUGA